GGCAGCCAGAAGACCAUUCUCCAUGAGGAGCAGUGGAAGAUGCCGGCUCUGCCAGCGCUGCUGCUGUCGAUUUACUUCCUCUUCCUGUUGCUGACCAUGGCCCCGCUCUCUUUCACCCAGGCUCCCGCCCUCUCCUCCGUCAGAAUGGCGGCUAUUUUGGACGACCAGUCGGUGUGUGGUCGAGGGGAGCGGCUGGCGCUGGCUCUGGCCAGGGAGAAUAUCAACAGUGUGUUUGAGGGCCCGUCCAGAGCCCGGGUGGAGGUGGAUAUCUUCGAGCUGCAGAAGGACUCCCAGUACGAGACCACCGAUACCAUGUGUCAGAUAUUGCCGAAGGGGGUGGUCUCUGUGAUUGGCCCCGCAUCCAGUCCCGCCUCAGGCUCAACUGUCAGUCACAUCUGUGGGGAGAAGGAGAUCCCUCAUGUGAAGAUAGGCCCGGAGGAGACGCCCAAACUCCCAUACCUCCGCUUCGCCUCGGUCAGCCUCUACCCCAGCAACGAGGACCUGAGCCUGGCUAUAGGGGCCAUCCUCCGCUCCUUCAGCUACCCCACCGCCAGCCUCAUCUGCGCCAAGGCAGAGUGCCUGCUGCGAUUGGAGGAGCUGGUGCGGCGCUUCCUGAUCUCCCGGGAAACGUUGUCCGUCAGGAUGCUGGACGAAAGCCUGGACCCCACCCCCUUGCUGAAGGAGAUCAGAGACGACAAAGUGGCCACUAUCAUCAUCGACGCCAAUGCCUCCAUCUCCUACCUCAUCCUCCAGAAGGCAUCGGAGCUGGGGAUGACGUCAGCAUUUUACAAGUACAUCCUCACCACCAUGGACUUUCCCCUGCUGCGAUUGGACGACGUGGUGGAUGACCAGUCCAACAUCGUGGGUUUCUCCAUGUUCAACAGCAGCCAUCCCUUCUACCUGGAGUUCAUCAGGAGUCUCAACCUGUCCUGGAGGGAGGGCUGUGAACUCAGCCCCUACCCCGGCCCAGCGGUGAGAACAGGACACCUUCUGUCGUCGGCUCUCAUGUUUGAUGCGGUGCAUGUGGUGGUGGGGGCAGUGCGUGAGCUCAACCGGAGUCAGGAGAUUGGAGUGAAGCCACUCAGCUGCACCACUCCUCAAAUCUGGCAGCACGGCACCAGCCUGAUGAACUACCUGCGCAUGGUGGAGUAUGAUGGGUUGACCGGCAGGGUGGAGUUUAACAGCAAAGGCCAGAGGACAAACUAUACCCUGAGGAUCCUGGAGAAGCACCAUGGGGGUCAUAAAGAGAUCGGAAUCUGGUACUCUAACAACACGUUGGCGAUGAACUCGACGUCCCUGGACAUCAACAUGUCGGAGACGUUGGCUAACAAGACGCUCAUCGUCACCACCAUAUUGGAGAACCCGUAUGUGAUGCAUAAGUCCAACUACCAGGAGCUGCAGGGAAACGACCGGUACCAGGGCUUCUGUGUGGACAUGCUAAGAGAGCUGUCAGACAUGUUGAAGUUCUCCUUCAGGAUCAAGCUGGUGGAUGACGGUCUGUACGGAGCGCCUGAACCAAAUGGUUCCUGGACAGGCAUGGUGGGAGAGCUCAUCAAUAGGAAAGCAGACUUGGCGGUAGCUGGGUUCACCAUCACCUCAGAGAGGGAGAAGGUCAUAGAUUUCUCCAAACCCUUCAUGUCUCUGGGCAUCAGCAUCCUGUACAGAGUCAAUUUGGGACGGAAGCCAGGUUAUUUCUCCUUCCUGGACCCGUUCUCUCCAGCCGUGUGGCUCUUCAUGCUGCUGGCCUACCUGGCUGUCAGCUGUGUGCUCUUCCUAGCCGCCAGGUUGAGUCCCUAUGAGUGGUACAACCCUCACCCGUGUCUGAUGGGGCGCAAGGACAUGCUGGAGAACCAGUACACCCUGGGCAACAGCCUGUGGUUCCCCGUGGGAGGCUUCAUGCAGCAGGGCUCUGAGAUUAUGCCCCGCGCCCUGUCCACACGCUGCGUCUCCGGGGUCUGGUGGGCGUUCACUCUAAUCAUCAUCUCCUCCUACACGGCCAACCUGGCAGCUUUCCUUACAGUUCAGAGGAUGGAGGUGCCUAUCGAGUCUCCUGACGACCUGGCUGACCAGACCAACAUCCAGUAUGGUACCAUCCAAGGAGGCUCCACCAUGACCUUCUUCAUGAACUCGCGCUACCAGACGUACCAGCGCAUGUGGAACUACAUGCACUCCAAGCAGCCCAGUGUAUUUGUGAAGAGCACAGAAGAAGGCAUCGCCCGCGUGGUCAACUCUAAAUACGCCUUCCUGCUGGAGAGCACCAUGAACGAGUACCACCGCCGACUCAACUGUAACCUCACCCAAAUAGGAGGUCUGCUCGACACCAAGGGCUACGGCAUUGGCAUGCCCCUGGGCUCGCCGUUUAAAGAGGAGAUCACUCUGGGGGUGUUGCAGCUGGCAGAGAACAACAGACUGGAGAUCCUGAAGAGGAGGUGGUGGGAGGGGGGGCAGUGCCCCAAGGAGGAGGACCACCGAGCCAAGGGUCUGGGCAUGGAGAACAUCGGGGGCAUCUUCGUGGUGUUGAUCUGCGGCCUCAUCAUCGCCGUGUUCGUGGCCAUCAUGGAGUUUGUCUGGUCCACCCGCCGCUCGGCAGAGACAGACGAGGUACGCCCUCACUGCUGCCCCGGCCAAAACCACAGACACCCUCCAAUGUCAGUGUGUCACGAGAUGCUGACCGAGUUCCGCAACGCCAUCUCCUGUAAGAAGACCUCACGCUCUCGGCGGCGGCGGCCCUUGGCCAGCACUGGCGGUGUCCUGCGCCACCCCACCCGCCUCCAGAUGGGUGUCCCAAGACCCAUCCGCCUAGUCCGCGAGAUGCGUCUCAGCAACGGCAAGCUCUACAGUGGCUCGGGCCCCCUGACAGGCGGAGGGGGAGCAGCAGGGGGGGCGUGCGGGGCCGUAGGAGGGGGGCCCUCAGACAUGGGCCCGGGGCCACAGCGCCUCCUGGAGGACCAUCUGGGCGCCAACACUACGCCGCCCCCUCCCCCGCCCGCUGCUGCCACGGCGCCACCCUCCCGGAGCUGUGCCCACGUGCGGAUCUGCCAGGAGUGCCGGCGCAUCCAGAACCUGAGGUCGGCAUCGUCCUUCUCACGCAUCCCGCCCCACCUCGGCCCACACUCUUCUCUGUCCCUGCCCCGCCUCCCGCCACCCCCACCCCCCUCCUCCACCGACAGCGAUGGGGGUGGCUGCGACACAGUGAGCCCCAGGCGGCCCAAACCUAAGCCCACACCCCCUCCGCGGCCCUUACCCCCGGCCAAGACGCCCACCACAGACCUGCUGCUUGGGAAACAAGACUGAGGAACGGAGGGGUCAGACGUGAUAAUAGUCGAGGGUUAAAAGUCAAAGGUCAGGGUAUUUGCAGAGAAACGCGUAGGAACGAGGAGCGGAGGGGGCUGUGAGCUUGUAGCGCAUUGACACGGCAGAAUCAAACCACUCUGAUCCGUUUGAGGGGGUGGAGAAGGGUUCAUUCUCCAGAUACCAACCCAGUCAACACAGUCCUUUUAAACCAGGAGUCGUGCUAAAACAGGAGACUGGUUCAAAAUGGACUAGAUGGCAUAUUCAGACACUGAGAGACUUCAGGAGGGUCCUUCACAUUGCUCCCUCGCUAGUUUAUGCUCUUCUGCCACAGCUCCCGUGAGACGGGCAUGUUAAACCAACCCAUGGUCUCCACUUUGAUCUGCUAUGCCACAGGCUGUCUAUGGAGUGGAAAUGGACUUUUGACCACACACGACCGUUAGCUGCCUACGGUGCAUUGAGAGACCAUGUGGUGCCCGUUCCACAGUAUGCAUAGACGUGUUCAAGCUGCCUGGUUUGGCUUUUGACCCCUCACUCUUUCACUUGGAUCUGGUGGGAGGACUUGACCUAUCCCACAAGCGCUGGAGAGGUUCAGGGGACCAUAGAGACUUCACACACGGACACACGUACACAGAAACUCUUGCGCUUAGAGGAGUUGGUUCUCACAAAAAGAUGCAUAUUUUUCCCCAGAGCUGCUUGCAAGAGCUUGAACUUUGGAAUUAUGGGACAUGUAAAACCAGACGAUGAAGGAAAAAAAAAGAGGCUUUCUCUGAGUGUAACUCGCCUAAUUUAUUUUCUAUCUUUCUUUCGUUAUAUAUUUGUAUUGUCGUCAUUGGUUUCUCGGUCACUGUGUAGUUAUUGACUCAUGUUUUUGGUUUGUCAUUAAAGAUCCUUGAGAAGCCGAUGUGGAGAUCAUGACCAAAUGAGGUUGCUUUCCAACCAAUCAUAAGUCCGGGAAGAAAGUUCAAAGGUCAACAUCUGAAACAUAUAUUGACAGUACGCCCCAGAUCAAAUGAUUCAAUAUUACAGUCCAUGUUGGCUUGUUACAGUAGCAGUGUGUGACUUUGCUUUUCCACUGCUUUCCAACAAGCCGGUUUUGCCACAGAGUUUUAACGACAGAGUUUGUGUAUCGGAGCCCCAUCCAAUUACAGAAAAACAGAGCCACAGAGCACAGUUUUAACAGCACGACAUGUUGUGAAUCCUUCAAACAGAUCAGAAUUUAAGAAACUGGAUAUAAAGAGCAAGGUAAAAAGGAAUGACAAAAGAGACAAACCGAUGAUCAUAUAUAGUUAUACGAUGCAGGAUAGGAGAAACGUAUUGCACAGUCCUGUCUGGCCAAUGGUAAGAGGAAACCUGUGUUAAUGUGUGUUCUGUAUGAUUCAUAUGGGGGACAUAAGGUUGUGUGAGUGCGUACGUACAGAGGAAAGGAUGGGUCAGAGUGCAUUUAGUCAUAUUUUAUGCUUCUUUUUUUGUGCUAAAUGGAUUAUUUAAGCAAUAAGGCCCGAGGAGGUGUGGUAUAUGGCCAAUAUACCACGGCUAAGGGCUGUUCUUUCGCAUGAUGCAAUGAGGAGUGACUGCAUACAGCCAUGAGCCAUGGUAUAUUGGCCGUAUACCACCAACCCCUGAGGUGCCUUAUUGUGAUCAUAAACUGGUUACCAACGUAAUUAGAGCAGUAAAAAUAAAUGUUUUGUUAAACCCAUGAUUUUAAUAUAUAUAUAUUUUUUAUCUUCAUUUAACUAGGCAGGUCAGUUAAGAACAAAUUAUUAUUUACAAUGACGGCCUAGGAACAGUGGGUUAACUGCCGGUUCAGGUGCAGAACAACAGAUUUUUACCUUGUCCGCUCGGGGAUUCGAUCUAGCACCCUUUCGGUUACUGGCCCAACGCUCUAACCACUAGGCUACCUGCUGCCCCAAUGAUGUAUGGUCUGAUAUACCACGGCUGUCAGCCAAUCAGAAUUCAGGGCUCGAACCACAGAGUUUAUAAUAAGAAAAUGAGGACAAUUGUAUAUUAUUAUGAUUAUAUUGUUAUUAUUAUUAUUACUAUUGAAGGGUGGGGUACUGAAGGAGGGUCUCAGUCCUCUUACGUUAAAUAUAUAGCAACACAAAGUUAUUUGGAAUAAAAAACUGUAUACAAACCUCUGAA